AUGGUAUUUGUGAAUUGUGUAGUCGAAGAAAAUAUCCUUAUUGAGGUAUCAAUUGAUACGUGCACUAAUAUAAAUUGCAUUAGCCAAAAACAUAUUGGUGAAUUAGGAAUUACAUAUCCCAGUGAAAGCAAUAGCAUUAUAACUCCAGAUGCAUCCUAUUCUACAUUAGAAAAAGUCAAUCUGCAUAUUGGUUUUGAAGAUGGUGAAAAGCAUAAAAGCACAUUUGUUGAAUUUAUAGUUCUUGGAUCAGAUUGGCCUGAUUAUUUUUCUGACUUAGUAUUGGGAAUACUAUGCUAUUGCGAAUUUACUAAUAAGAUUAUCAAAGAAAUUGCUAGUUCGUGUCUUAAUUUAAAGUAUCUUAAAUUGGAAGGGUGUGAUGUUAGCAAAAAAGCCAUAGGUCAGCUCGUUUCACUUAAUCCAAAUUUUCAUGUUGAGAAUUUCAUGUGUACUAUAACACCACCCUCUCUUUGUGAAUAUCCUGAAAUGUAUGUAAUGUCAAGGAGACUGAGAAUAUCAGUUGAUGCAUCAAGAGAUAUUAAGUCCAUACAUGAAUAUGUUAAUGAUGAACUGAAAAGAAUGGAGGAUGAUUUGAUCUGGAAUACUGAUCAUCAAUCCGGGCAAUGAUCAUCAGCUCAGAAGAUUUUUUUUGUUUGAAGAUAUAAUAUAUAAUAAGCAUUAUUUAUGGCGUAAACUUUAAAUUGGAUAUACCGGCAACCUAACAGACGAUUAUCAAGAAUAGAAUACUAGCCGAUGGUAGUCUACCGAUCUAAUUAAUCUGGAGUAGUGAUCGCC